AACCCUAUUCGCUCGCAUUAGUCUGAUCUCCCUCCCAAAUCUACACACACACACACACACACUAAUUAAUCUCUUUCAGUUUUCCACUCGCAUCAAUGGCGCGCACCAAGCAGACUGCUAGGAAGUCCACCGGAGGAAAGGCCCCAAGGAAGCAACUGGCCACCAAGGCGGCAAGGAAAUCAGCUCCGGCAACUGGAGGAGUGAAGAAGCCCCAUCGUUUCCGUCCAGGAACGGUGGCGCUGAGGGAAAUCAGGAAGUACCAGAAGAGUACCGAGCUGUUGAUCCGGAAGCUCCCAUUUCAGAGGCUGGUGAGGGAAAUUGCUCAGGAUUUCAAGACUGAUCUGCGCUUCCAGAGCAGUGCUGUGGCGGCUUUGCAGGAGGCUGCGGAGGCUUACCUUGUUGGACUGUUUGAGGAUACAAAUCUGUGCGCCAUUCAUGCCAAGAGGGUUACUAUCAUGCCUAAGGAUAUCCAGCUUGCUAGGAGGAUUAGGGGUGAGAGGGCUUAGGGUUUUAAGAAUUUUUAAGAUUCCUGAUGUUUUUGUAUUUUUUAGGGUUUAUUAUUAGUUUGGAAAAGGUUGGGGUUCGGCCUUCCCUGAGGGUACUGAUGUAAAUCUGGUGGGGUUUUUUUUUACAAUUAUGCGUAAUGGUGGUGUAUUUAGUUUUAUCAGUUUAAAUCAAUGAAAGUUCAGUAUUCUGUCCUUCUUAUU